AUGACGGCAAAGAGGAAGAGGAGGAAGGACAGCCGCAACAAGAGCCACAGCAGCAGCGAUGGCAGUGGUUCUGCUGCGACACGCUGGCAAGGCUGGCUGAACACUGGCCUUGCUGUACUCUGCAUCGCUGCAGCCGCCAUCUGUUUGCCCCUCGCCGUUCGCCAUCUUCACGAGCAAGCCCGCUUCUUCUCCGCGCUCACAACGACCGAGAGGGAAAUUUCCUUCACAUCAGAGCAGGCCAUGUACUAUGCGUACUUCAAGAAAGCGCUGAUGACAAUCGAAGAUACGCCAGGCAUGCUCCCCACCAAGAUCAUGGCAGCAAUCAAUGCGUUCGUGCACGACACGCGCAUUGAGCAUCCGUCCAGCGUCAACGCUCUCCAGCGCUUCAAUGUCUACCCUGAACUUGUCAUUGCCACAGCCAUGCACAUCUGGCGCAGCGUCCAUGCCUUCAUCUGGGGAGAGCAGCCACAGCAGACCUGCAUGCAAUAUCAACAGGCUGGCGGCUCAACAUACAUGACGUGCACGGGCGCAGCCGUCCCCAUUUACUUCUACAUCAAUUCUGUGUUUGGCCUCCAAAGUCUCGCCAUCGCCUCCCUCCUCUUCCUCGUGUGGGAGGUGUCUGGCAACAGCGCGUGGAGCGUCAUCGCCGCAAUCAUCUUCAUCGCCGUCAACUUUGACGAGAUGACACGCGUGAUGUGGGGACCGCCACUACGAGAGAGUUUCGGAUUUCCGUUUUGGAUGGCACAAGUUGCCCUUAUCACACACGCCCUGCGGCAGUACAGGACACGCGUGCCCUCGGCCUUGAUGGCCGUGCACGUGUGUCUCCUGGUUGCGUUUGCUGCGUCGUGGCAGUUUGCUCCCUUCGCCCUUGCUGUGCAGAUGUGUGCGCUUGCUCUCCUCUUCGCCCUCGGUGCUCUCCCACGGCCGCUCCUCGUCGCUUUUGCCUCCUCCCAGACGCUGGCGUGGGGCAUUAGCAUUGCACUUCAGUUCUUCAACGCGUUCAUGAUCACAUCCGCUUACACCGCCACCAUUAUCGGGUUGUGGGUGUCGGUGAUUGCACUGCCGCUGCCGGAUGGACGCGUGUGGCGGUUUCUUCGGUUCCCGCUCUUCCUCAUCACCACUGCAGCAGCGAAGGCGGCGCCCACCCUCCUCCUCAGCCACCAGCAGGACAGUCACGUGCUGGACAUGCUCAAGGCAAAGUUUCGGCUGGCACCCGGCACAUUCCACACGAAACUCUACACGUGUGCCAGCGCUUUCGACUUUCUACCAGCGGAAACGUAUUGGCGGUUCACCACUUCGCUUGUGCUGCCACUGGCAGUGAUUGUUGUUGCUGCGAGUGGAAUUGCGCAACUGCGUCGCUUGCUGCGCAGUGACAGCAACGGUCACGCCACCUCCAUCACCGCUGGUCUGGAGAGCGCGCGGUUGUUUGCAGCCGUCAUGGCGUGCGGGUUUUUCGUGCUCGCGGUGCUGGUGAUGCGCCUGAAACUCUUCGCCACGCCGCUCGUCAUCGUCAUGGCCUCUGUCGCGUUCUCGCCCGAGGCCGUGCGUCAAGUGCUGACACGACCAUUCAUGUUUGGCAUGGGGACAGCUUCGCUGCACAAAGCCAUCAGCAUCGGCCUCAUCUCAGCUGUGCUCUUCAACGGAUAUGGACACGUGUCGCGCCUUGCAUCGAAGCAGGGUGAAUUCAACGACGCAAGCACACUCGAGCUGUAA